AUGGUUUCAACACAUUUUAAAUGUCUUGGUGGUGUAUAUCCCCGGUCAACCAUUGAGAGGUUCCCGGUGCCAGGUGAUAAAGUUAAAUGGUCUACCGAAUACAAGCAAUAUCAGCCUGUGGAAUACACAUCCCCAAGCAUCACUGGGAAACCAUGGGCUGAUCCAGAUAUAGGAAGCUCUGAUUUUGAACCAAAAUGGAAUGAAAUAGACGGUAAUAUAGACAGAACCAGUUAUCAUGGUCCAUACCAAAUUGUAAAUGAACGGCCCCAAAACCCAUUUGGCAGAACUGGAAUAACUGGUAGAGGGGUCUUAGGCCGAUGGGGACCAAACCAUGCAGCCGAUCCAGUUGUCACAAGGUGGAAGCCCCUCAAUGGAGAUAUCAAUGAGAAAAAUUCUAGUAAUAAACAAAUCUUGCAAUUUGUUGCUAUAAGAAGAGGUGAUACAGGAGAAUGGGCCUUGCCUGGUGGCAUGGUAGAUCCUGGGGAAAAGGUAACUACAACUGCUGUUAGGGAAUUUCAAGAAGAAGCAAUGAAUUCACUUGUUAUGUCACAAGAUGAGAAAAAUACUUGGACAGAUAAGUUAAAAAACUUCUUUAGUCAAGGUGAAAUUGUGUACAAAGGAUAUGUUGAUGAUUGGCGUAAUACUGAUAAUGCAUGGAUGGAGACUGUAGCUUACAAUUUUCAUGAUGAAACUGGUGCUACAGUGGGAGCAAUAGCACUUAAUGCUGGAGAUGAUGCUGUAGGUGUUCGCUGGAUUGACAUCACACCAGAAAUCAAAUUAUAUGCAAGUCACGAAAGAAUUGUAAAAGAUGUUUUUAAAAAGCACCUAACUGCAAAGGCUCUAUAA